UCUUCGUUUUUUGGGAGAUUCUUGUUAGCCUAGCUAACUACUUCAUAUUUCUUAGUGGUUUACAUCUUUCUGCACCUAGAUCUUUUUAGCUAAAACGCAUUGCUCAAACUCUCCCCCCGUUCCCUUUUCUUAAUCAUUUUUACACAUCCUUGUGAUAUUUCUUUCUUUAAUUUGUAGUUCUUCUUUGCAUUUUUAUUGAACAUUUUUCCUCGCCCCACUUUCUUAAAAUCAAGUUUCUUUCUUUGUUUUGGGGGACAAUAUUGUAGUGUGAACUCGUUGAUUUAAGUCGUCCAAAAAAAAAAAUCUUUGACUAUAUUUAGCAUAGGAAAAAUGCAAGUGAAAUUCUUGGAAACAGCUUUGCACUUCCUUAAACUGGAAUAAUACACUCUCUUUUGUUUUUAUUUCAAACUGUUGCAAUUGCCUAGCUAUUCCAUGCUUUUUUUGGUAGACAUGAAAUGUAAAAGUCAGAUAAGUUAGCUAUUAGGUUAAGAAAAUUGCUUGAUAAGAGCAUAUAUAAUAUAGAAGCUUCUUUGGGUUGUGAAAGAAUUGAUCUUUUGUGUAGACAUGGGAAGAGGAAAGAUUGAGAUCAAGAGGAUCGAGAACACUACGAAUCGUCAGGUUACUUUCUGCAAGAGAAGAAAUGGGCUGUUGAAGAAAGCCUAUGAAUUAUCAGUCCUUUGUGAUGCUGAAGUUUCCCUCAUCGUCUUCUCUAGCCGUGGCCGUCUCUAUGAGUACGCCAACAACAACAUAAGAUCAACUAUAGAUAGGUACAAGAAGGUCAGUUCAGAUCGUUCAAAUACUGCCUCCAUCACAGAAAUCAAUGCCCAG